UUCCGCUACGUUUCUUGCUGGCCUGCAAUCCGCGAUCGUUGUGGGGGUUUCUCGCGCUGAUCUUUCGUUUCUUUUCUGGUAUCGUGGGAUCUUUCGUUUUCCUUUGCCGCAUUGUAGGGUUAUGAUGAUGCGGUGAUACUCCUGCUCAUGUCCUUGCGCCCUUGCCUGCAUUUUUUUUUCAUGUUCAUGAGUUCAUCCAUGGGUUUGUUGUGGUGUCGCGGGUCCUUUGGUCCUGCAAUGGCAUCGCCCAUGCACUGACUGAGAUCAGAGUGUUGGGGUGAGGCCGAUGAGCAGAUUUCUUGGGGAAAAAGGGGUCUCCUCGCGCCAUGGCGAUUCUCCAAGAUUUUGAGCUUAAUUUCUCUUGUUUUCCUUUUCUCCGGUAGUCUUUACUCCUGGUGGUUUUCUUCUUGUGGGGUGGAUUGAAACAUUGAAGGAUGGUUCUGAGCAAGCUGCUUCAGCUGUUUGGAGUAGGCAAGAAGAAGAAGAAGAAGGAUUCCAAGAAGAAAGGAAAGUCCAUCAACCCUGUUUCGCAAGGUGCUGCUCCACACUCUACUCUUAAUAUCCUUGCGAGUAACAGUCUCUUGGAUCCAUGUUCAAGUGGGGCUGGUACGGUGCUAUCAGUGCCAAAGGACGAGCCUGAAUGUUCGAGUAAUAUCUCAUCCAUGAUAAAGGAAGGACAUGGAUCUGAAAAUGAGGAUCACAAGUCAUUUAACCAAUUUGAUGUUGUUCAAGAUUACUCUGACCACCACUAUGCAAAGACUUCACCAGGGAAGACCACGAAAGAUUGGGCGAAAGCAAUCCAAAAUGAAUGGAAGCUUCUGCAGAGAGAUCUACCUGAAACUAUUUAUGUUAGAGUUUAUGAAGAUAGGAUUGAUCUUAUUAGGGCUGCCAUUGUUGGGCCUGCUGGAACUCCAUAUCAUGAUGGUCUGUUCUUCUUUGAUGUUUGUUUUCCUCCUGAAUACCCGCGAUGUCCACCGAAAGUUCAUUUCCAUUCGAGUGGGCUUCGGCUUAAUCCAAACUUGUACGAGAGUGGUAAAGUUUGCCUCAGCCUGCUGAACACUUGGUUAGGUUCUGGAUCUGAGAAGUGGGGCAAGUCAAAUUCCACCAUGCUGCAGGUGUUGGUCUCCAUCCAGGGCCUUGUGUUGAAUGAUAAACCAUACUUUAAUGAGCCAGUCAUCUUUAGCUCUAAAGAAAAGCAUUCCCUUGGAUAUAAUCAGACUGCAUUUGUCCUAACCUGCAAGUUGAUGUUGUAUUUACUUCAGAAGCCUCCAAAGCAUUUUGAGACCCUCAUUGUGUGCCAUUUCCAUGAGCGGGAGCGGGCCAUCCUAGAGGCAUGCCGUGCAUAUGGUUCUGGCAUGGUCGUCGGAUCAUCGGUCAAGGAUGGCCGGACUUACCUCCGCAACAAGUGCUUUGCGGGUUUCAAGAAGUCCCUGGAUGCCCAGGCUGAACUUCUCGCGAAGGAGCUAGCCGCAAACAGACUUCGUGAGCUACAACUGAAGAGAGUGGUGCCUGCUGCAGAUAAGACCAUGUCUACCAGCUAGGCUUCUCGUGUUUCAGAAGACACCUGACCAUUGGCUGUAGUUUAGCACUUGCUUGCUAUUUGUUCGCUAUUUGAUGACGAAAAUUUGCCCCUUGAUUUCUAUGUCUACCCACUUCGUGGUUUUAGCAUGUGACCUUAGUGCAAUACAUGUUGGCAGAAACCCGUUACACUAGCGUCGGUGCCUGCAUAAAGAUGGCGAUAGAACCUGUUAUGCUUUGAUGAGCAGUACAAAUUGACAUUUCCUUUU